AUGAGCAGCCAGGAUACAGAAGGAGAAGAACAAGUAGCUAUAGAUCGUGCAGCACAGCGUGACACUCACCUAACCGCUUGGUUUAAGUUAAAUGCUGAAAAUAAUGAAGCACGUCAGUAUUCUUAUAUUGAAAUUCCAUAUCACUUUGUUUUUGGUAAAAAUUGCAUGUGGAAAGUAAGACAAAGAGGUAGUGAUAAGGUGGUUGUUCGAAUGUAUAAAAUCAGUUCAUUUUGCGAAUUAUUUUUUCUCAGAUUGUUACUUUUGCAUGUAAAAGGUGCAAAGUCUUUUGAGGAUUUGCGGAUAUUUGCGGAUUUGAGGAUAUUAAAUGAUAAUCAACGUAAUGUAGCUGAUGCGAUCCUUGCUGCACUAAGUGUGGAACCUACUAAUGAAAAUAAGCAUUCAAGGUUGUUUUUUAUGGAUGGGCCUGCCGGUUGUGGUAAAACAUUUACUUACAAUUAUUUAAUUUCUGAAACUCAGAGCAGGCAUAUUAGAACUGCAACAGCUGCAUGGACAGGAAUAGCUGCAACUCUUCUCAAAAAUGGGUGCACAAUGCAUGGCUUAUUCAAACUUCCUGUUCCAAUUUUGGAAACUAGCACAUGUAAUGUAACUCCAAACUCUAUUCAUGGUAGAUUCCUGAGACAAAUCAGUUUGUAUUUACUUGAUGAAGCAUUUAUGAUACCCAAAUAUGCUUUGAGUGCCAUUGAUAAGCUAUUACAAGAUAUUUGUAAUAACAACUUUCCUUUUGGUGGUAAGGUUAUUCUUAUGGGUGGAGACUUCAGACAAAUACUUCCAGUUGUGAAGCGAGGUCGACCAGCAGAAGUUAUAGAAUCAUGUUUAAAAUGUUCUGAACAUUGGCAAUAUGUGCAAAGGUUCUCAUUAACUGUAAAUAUGAGGGUUCAGAUAGAAGAAGAGGAAUUUUCUCAAUGGCUUUUAAAGCUUGGAAGUGGAACAUUACCUGUCAAGCCUGAAGAUCCUUUGCGAGGGUGUAUUGAAAUACCUGAGCAGUGCUUUCUCAGUGAUAAUGAAUCUAUUGUGGCGAAGAUUUUCGGUGGUGCAGAAGAAGCUGAUUAUGCAAAACGUGCUAUUUUAACGCCAACAAAUGUUGAUUCAUUGGCAAUAAAUGAAGAAGUCCUUCAUCGUUUACCCGGUGAUGUGAAAACAUAUUUAAUCGAGUUUUUAAAUAGUUUAACUCCAUCAGGUAUGCCUGUUCAUUGCCUAAAAUUAAAAAUUGGUGCUGUUAUAAUGCUACUUAGAAAUUUUGAUCUCAAAGGUGGACUUUGUAAUGGAACCCGUUUGAUGGUGGGGGCAUUACACAACAAUUAUAUUGAUGGUGAGGUUUUAACAGGUGUAUCAGCUGGUAACAGGGUAUUUGUUCCUUGA